UUUGGAGAGAUGGUCACGUUGACGAUGCCAAAGCGAUUCAUAUCUGGUGCAUAGCCAUUCUAUUAGCAGACGUUAAAUCUGGUAGUCUGUUGCUCGUUCCAGACGCGCUGAAUGGACACUAAAAAGACCGUAAACACUUCCAACUAUUGAAUGAUGUCGGGGAUCACAGUGAAUUCGGAUUGUGUAGAAUGUUCACCCCCUUCGCAUGAGCCUUGCACCACGGAAUUACACCCAUACUCUAGCAUCGAUGACGAUGAUGAACUUCUGAAGUAUAUCUGGAGGGAAUAUUUGCAUCCUAAGCAAUAUGAAUGGGUUCUUAUUGUAGGAUACAUAAUUGUUUUUUUUGUUUCUCUCAUUGGAAACACACUAGUUUGUUUUGCAGUGUGGAAAAACCAUCACAUGCGCACGGUGACCAACUGUUUCAUUGUGAAUCUCUCCUUUGCUGAUGUCCUGGUCACCAUCACCUGUCUCCCGGCAAGUCUUGUGGUAGACAUUACAGAAACAUGGUUCUUUGGAAACACUCUUUGUAAAAUACUGCCUUACUUACAGACAAUCUCCGUAUCUGUGUCAGUCUUGACUCUGAGCUGCAUUGCUCUCGACCGCUGGUACGCAAUCUGCCACCCGCUGAUGUUCAAAAGCACGGCCAGGCGUGCCCGCAAGAGUAUCCUCCUCAUCUGGGGGGUUUCCUGUAUCAUCAUGAUCCCCCAGGCCAUCGUGAUGGAGUGCAGCAGCCUGCUCCCUGAGCUCACCAACAAAACCAGCCUUUUCACUGUGUGUGAAGAGCGCUGGGGAGCUGAUGUCUACCCCAAGGUGUAUCACACCUGUUUCUUCAUCGUCACAUACUUCGCUCCCCUCUGUCUGAUGGUUCUGGCAUACAUACAGAUAUGUCAUAAACUGUGGUGUCAACAGAUUCCUGGAACGUCAUCUGUGCUACAGAGGAAGCGGACGCCCCUCCAGGGUUCCACUUAUUCUCCAGGUCCUGGGGAGUCAGCCAGGGUCCGGACCAGCACAGUGUCCGCUGAGAUCAAACAGGUCCGGGCCCGCAGGAAGACAGCCUGCAUGCUGAUGGUGGUCCUCUUUGUCUUUGCCCUCUGCUACCUGCCCAUCAGCGUACUCAACAUCAUGAAAAGAGUGUUUGGGACGUUUAAGUACACAAACAGCAGAGAGACUGUAUACGCCUGGUUCACGUUCUCACAUUGGCUGAUAUAUGCCAACAGUGCUGCAAAUCCAAUCAUCUAUAACUUUUUAAGUGGGAAGUUUCGAGCGGAAUUCAAAGCAGCAUUUUCCUGUCGCUCUUUUGGCCGAUGUCAGAACCAAACAGAGGGCAUAAGGAGAAGAAUGAACACUGACAGCCGUAAAUCCUUGUCCACUCAAGUCAACAACAUGGACAAUGUUUCACGGAUAUCUGACCAUGUGGUUUAAUCCUAUACUGGGGCAUGCUGGGAGAUCUUAGAAUUGCACCAUGCCACCCAGGACACACUGGCAUUCACUGUCUCCAUGAUACAAAGGUCACGAAUAGAACACAUUGUAACGUCAAGCUUUUAAUAACAGACCACAUACUCUGAAUGGACUGAAAGCACUCAAUAUCCACCAACCUGUGUGAAAGCAAAUCCCUCCCCUGCUGGAACCUCUACCCAGGGGAAGAGAAGUGAUUUGAAUGAGUCGUGUCUGUUACAGAUGGAUAACCGUUCUAUUGGCUCCAGUCUUUGGUUCUCAUCCCACCAGAGGCAGGAAUUAGCACCCCAUGGUGUUGUACACCUCACCAGAAAGGACAGACUGAAGGAUGAAUCACAAUGCAAAGAUUAAACCCUAUCAACGUUUAUUAUCAAAGCUUCUUAAAUCUGAAGAUGGAUUACAAAAUAACAAUUUGUUUGUUAAUUAGCCACAAUAGUGUACUACGUGUGGAUUUGUGGUGAUGUUUACUUAUGUCUUAUGAUGACUACUUAUCAUCAUAAUAAUAAUAAUAAUUAUUAUUGCUAUUAUUAAUAUUUGUAUUAUUGUUGUUGUUGAUGCUGUUGUUUAUUGUUUUUUAUUGUUAUUGUUAUUACCUUCAUAUUCUAUGUGUAAUAUCAGGUAAUAUGUUUACAGAUAUGGUAUUGUACAUUAACAAUCCAGCCAAAGUUCGAAAAUCUCCACGGAUGAAUACAUCUACAGAGGUUUUCAUGACAAGGCGGAAGGUUAAAUUCUCACAACCUUACAUCAUAAAGACGGCUUUGUUUCUAAUUCAUUGCUGGAUCAACCAACAAGCAAUCAGAAUGAAAUAACCCUACAAGACAUUGAAUUCUGAUUUUAAAAAAUGAACAACGUCUUAUUUGAUGUGAACCCUUGAAAAGCAGUUUCUACAAUCGCUUUUGUUUGUUUUGAUUUCUUCUCGGGUGUUUGUUGUGAUGAUUUCUUAUUGGUGUUUCUUGUUAUUUCAUGUACUUUUUGAAAAGUAUGUUAAGCAGUUUCCCCUAAAAAUGUAUCUGUUCUAAAAAUGUAUCUGUUCAUGUAAGUGAUUGUUGUUUUUGAUCUGUUUGAAGGUAAACAUUUUAAACAUU